UCUUCACCUAGUCCGCGGCCAACUCGAUUUCGCUUUCGAGCUUUCAGUUGUCGGGCCGAUCGCGAGCUUGCAGCGGUCAAGACGCUUUUCCCACACGAAAAACACACGCGUUCUUUGGUGUCGAUGAACAAUGAAUUGUUGAGAGAUUCGAGACGUGAACUGCCGAAAAAUGCGCCUUUUUACAGCCACGCUGCUGCUGGUUUUCCUGCUGCUUCGGCCCUUCGCAGUGCGGCCGCAAUCGACGAACUUUUCGCCCUUGAUUUGCCCGAAAAAGUGCAACUGCUACAGACGAACCGUCCGAUGCAUGAAACUGGCCCUGGACCACAUCCCAACGGCCAUUUCCGACCGCACAGUUACUUUUGAUUUGCGCUUCAACCAAAUCCGCGACAUUCCUUCGGGAGUAUUCACGUCCCACAAUGGACUGGCUUCGCUGCUGCUCAACAACAACCUGAUCAGCGGCCUGAAGAACGAAACCUUCCAAGGGCUGUUCAAUGUGAUCAAUCUGUACCUGUACAAGAACAGGAUCCGGUACAUCGAGACCGGAGCGUUCCAGCACAUGAAGCGACUGGAACGACUACUCUUGCACGGCAACGAACUGCGAGAAUUCGGUGCUGCCACCUUCUCAAACCUGCCCUCCUUGGACCGACUUUUCCUUUACAACAACCACCUGAAAAUCAUCCCCAAGGGAGCCUUCCACAACCUACCGCGCUUGCGCGCUCUGCGCCUGGACCACAAUGCGCUCGUCUGCGACUGCAAAAUCGCCUGGCUAUCCAGAAUGUUGACUAACACGGUCCUGCAGGCGUCCGCCAAUUGUGCCCAGCCCACUGAGAUGACCGGGAAAAGCCUGGUGGGCAUGGAGCAUGCGCACUUCCACUGUGAGCCGCCCAAGAUCGUCACCAAUCCGGAGGACGUGCAAAUUACCAUUGGCGGCACCGCCACCUUCACAUGCGCGGUUCAAAGCGACGAGGAACCCUCGAUAGUCUGGAUGAAAGAGGAGCAGGAACUGGUACCGGACGACCGCAAGUACAAGUUGAUGGACAACGGCACCCUGAUGGUGGCCGACACGGACGAAACGGACGACGGGUUCUAUGAGUGUUUGGCGAAGAACCCGGAGGGCGAAGUGAGGAGUCGGCGCGCCCGAAUGGUGGUGCAUGACGGCCCGAGCGAAGACAAGGGGGUUUAUGGCACGCCCAAACUGGUGACCGCGCCCGAAUCGGUCUCAGUCACUCCCGGCACUGCGCAAGUCCAGCUCCAGUGCCGGGCCGUCGGGUUCCCCACUCCCGAAAUCUCCUGGUCGCACAACGGCCGACGCUUGGGCUCCUCACCGCACCAUCUACUAACCCCUGAUGGGACCCUGGUGAUUCGAAACGUCGGCGGCGCCGAUCACGGCACUUAUCGAUGCGAAGCGUCCAAUUACAAUGGCAAGGUGUCGGCUGAGGCCAACGUGCUAAUCAAAGUUGCGCCCAUUUUCACCAUCCAGCCAGAGAAUGUGGACGUAGUGGCGGGCUCCACGAUACGGUUGGUGUGCGCCGCUUCUGGAACACCCCCACCCGAAAUCUCGUGGUUCAAGGAGUUUUUAGAGAUCCUGCCAAGCGACGACCGCGUUUUCUACAACGCCGACAAAACAACAAUCGAAAUAAAGGAGGCUCGAGAGACCGACGCAGGGCUGUACAUUUGCGAGGCGCGCAACGAUCAGGGACUGCGCGAAGUGAGCGCACGCGUCAAGGUAUCGCGCUUCGAAACCAAACCCCCCAGGUUGGUCUACAAGCCGUACAACAUUGAGGCGCUGAUUGGCAGCACUAUCGAGCUCCCCUGCAAGGCCACCGGCGACCCCAAUCCGGGCAUAACUUGGCAGAAAGAUGGCGCACGCAUGCUGCGCACUGGUCGUUUUAAGGUCAGCCUAACUGGCAACCUCUACAUCUACAGGGUGGCCCCGGAAGAUCAGGGGCGGUACGAGUGUUUGGCGCUGAACGCGCAUGGGCGCGACUCCGCCUCCGGCUACGUGACUGUCAAAGAGGACCCCGCUGUGGCCAAUGGGGUGAUCAGCAACAUCGGGGACAAAUUCAUCAAGAUCGCGUUCACUGAGGCCUCGCAGGAGAUCGACAAGGCGAUCAACAACACCAUCGAGAGUUUCCUCCACAACAAAAACCCCAAUCCUUCGGAGCUAUUCCGGAUCAUUCGCUACCCGAACGCGCCGGCUCGCGAACUGGCCAAAGCGGCCGAAGUCUACGAGCGAACGCUCACGAACAUUCGCAAACACAUUGAUCAGGGCCACAUCACGAUGAACAACACCAAAGAGUUCAACUACCAGGAGAUUCUCACUCCCGAAAAGUUGGACGUCGUUGCCAGACUGUCAGGUUGCCUCGCCCACAGGAACACCAUCAAUUGCACGGACAUGUGCUUCCACUCGAAGUAUCGUUCGAUUGACGGGCGUUGCAACAAUCUGCAGCAUCCGACGUGGGGUUCCAGUUUGACCGGGUUCCGGCGUCUCCUCAAGCCCAUUUAUGAGGACGGCUUCGGAAAACCCGUCGGCUGGGAAAAGGGGCGCCUAUACAAUGGCUUCCCCAAGCCAUCGUCGCGAAAGGUCUCAACCGCGCUGAUCGCCACCACAAAAAUCACCCCAGAUGACGAAAUCACGCACAUGGUCAUGCAAUGGGGCCAGUUCCUCGACCAUGAUCUGGACCAUGCCACGCCCAGUGUCAGCUCGGAGAGCUGGGACGGCAUCGAUUGCAAAAAGUCCUGCGACUACGCCCCGCCCUGCUACCCAAUGGACGUGCCCGAGGACGACCCAAGGGUCCGAAACAGGCGCUGCAUCGACUUUAUCAGAUCGAGCGCCAUCUGCGGAUCGGGGAUGACGUCGAUUUUUUUCGAGGGCGCCCAACACAGGGAGCAAAUCAACCAAUUGACGUCGUAUAUUGAUGGAUCAAUGAUCUACGGCUACUCGGAGGAAUUGGCUCGCGAAGUUCGGGACCUGGACGCGCCCCUGGGGCGCCUAAAGGAAGGGGCGGUAUUCCAGGGGCGCAAGCCCUUGCUGCCCUACGCGGGGGGCCAGGGGAUGGACUGCCGGCGCAACCUGUCCGAAAGCACCGUCAACUGUUUCCUGGCCGGAGACAUUCGAGCCAAUGAGCAGAGCGGGCUGACGGCCAUGCACACCAUCUGGAUGCGCGAGCACAACCGGCUAGCCAAAGAGCUGAGGUACCUGAACCCGCACUGGGACAGCGACAUGCUCUACCACGAGGCCCGGAAGAUAGUCGGCGCAGCCAUCCAGCACAUCACCUACAAGCAUUGGCUGCCUUUCGUCGUCGGUCCAGAAGGCUUGGACCAACUGGGCGCGUAUGACGACUACAACCCACGCCUCCACCCGAGCGUCUCCAAUGUUUUUGCCACGGCCGCCUUGCGCUUUGGACACACUCUCAUCAACCCCGUGCUGGACCGACUCGACUGGAACUUCACGGUCAUCAAGGAGGGCCACCUGCCGCUGCACAACGCCUUCUUCUCCCCGUGGAGAAUAGUGGAGGAGGGCGGCGUCGACCCGCUGCUCAGGGGGAUGUUCAUGGCGGCGGCCAAGAAGAAAAUGCCCAAGGAGAACCUCAACACCGAACUGACAGAGCGCCUGUUUGAGACGGCGCAUGCCGUCGCUCUUGACCUGGCCGCCAUGAACAUUCAUCGAUCACGCGACCACGCCCUGCCUGGCUACGUGGCCUUCCGCGACUUUUGCAACAUGUCCACAGUGCACAGCUUCGAAGAUCUGGCCGGGGAAAUCAGCGACGCUUCAGUGCGGCGCAAGUUGGCCGAACUGUACGGCCAUCCGGCCAACAUUGAUGUGUUUGUGGGCGGCAUUUUGGAGGAUCCGGUUGAGGAUGGGCGUGUCGGCCCUCUGUUCCGCUGCCUGCUAUUGGAGCAGUUCACCACCUCGCGCGAUGGUGAUCGCUUCUG